GAAGAUUCCAGCUAUAAACUGACCUUGGUCUCUUUCACACACUUUCUUUGCCCCGCUUUCAACGCUUCACUCACUCUCACUCACUCUCAGCGACUGUGGUGGCGCGUGAUCCUCAACCGCCACCGCUUUUCCCCAUUUUCUUCGACCGAUCUGCUGAACAAGGCACUUAGCCACUUACAAAUGAGUUCAAGAAGAGGAGGAGUGUCCAAAGGAAAAACCAUUGCUGAAUCUCAUGCACAGAUUGAGCAGUUGACUCAGGGUGUUGCUGACACUAACCUGGAUCCGGGACAAGAUGAUGGUCAAUGGGAAGUAUAUGGAAAGAAAUCCAAGAACAGAGCUGGAAGCAGUGCUGCAAAACCAUGGGGCUCUCAAGCCCAUAACUCUAAUCCUAGGGCAUGGGGAAACACAAAUAUGGCUCAAAAGCCGGGCAUGCAGAAUCUUGGUGGUGGAGCUGGAAGAGCUUCGGGAAAUCCCUGGCAGACACAAAAUGCUAACUUAAGGAGACCAGCUGGUAGAGGAAAUGGAGGGCCUCAGGUACCUUCAACUGGAUAUCAAAACUACAAUGUGACCUCUAAUCCUUUGAUUCGACCUCCGUUGGAGCAUGGAUGGAAUUGGCAAUCUAGAACUGGUUCAAUGCAGUCCAAUGUAAGGAAUGAGUUUCCACCAGAGGACCUUGAAAGGAAUAAUGAUGUUGAUGAUGAUGAUGAGGAGGAGGAGGAGGAUCUUUUGGAAGAUUCUGAUGAUGAUCUGCUGAGUGAUGGGGAUGAUUCUGACGCUAGUCAAAAGAGUCACGAGACACGGAAGAAGAGUAGAUGGUUUCGAGAAUUCUUUGAGAUUUUAGAUGGCCUGACUAUUGAACAGAUAAAUGAUCCAGAAAGACAGUGGCAUUGUGCAGCUUGUCAAGGUGGUCCUGGUGCUAUUGAUUGGUUCAGAGGACUGCAGCCUCUGAUGGCACAUGCCAAGACCAAGGGGUCAAAAAGGGUGAAGAUUCACAGGGAGCUUGCUGUGCUUUUGGAUGAGGAAUUGCAAAGAAGAGGCACUUCAGUUAUUCCAGCUGGGGAAGCAUUUGGUAAAUGGAAAGGUUUGAAAAAUGAAGAGAAAGAUCAUGAAAUAGUUUGGCCUCCAAUGGUUGUCAUUCAGAAUACAAAGCUUGAACAGGAUGAAAAUGAUAAGUGGAUAGGUAUGGGUAACCAAGAGCUUCUUGAUUCUUUUAGCACAUAUGCAGCUGUGAGGGCACGGCAUGCUUAUGGUCCCCAGGGUCAUCGUGGGAUGAGUAUUUUAAUAUUUGAAGCCUCAGCUAGUGGUUAUCUAGAGGCAGAGCGUCUGCACAAGCAUUUUUCUGAGCAAGGGACUGACAAAAAUGCUUGGUUUGGUGGUCGACGCAGUUUAUUUCUUCCUGGUGGGAAUCGCCAGCUCUUUGGGUACAUGGCCACCAAAGAAGACCUGGACAUUUUCAAUAAGCAUUGCCCAGUUAAAUCUAGUUCUAGACUCAAAUAUGACAUGAGAUCAUAUCAGGAGAUGGUAGUAAACCAAAUUCGGCAAAUGAAUGAGGAUAACCAGCAACUUAUCUAUUUGAAGAACAAGGUUGACAAAGAAAAAAAACACUCAAAAGCCCUUGAGGAAUCCUUUGGUAUAGUGAGUGAGAAGCUGCGAAAGACAAUGCAGGAAAAUCGCAUUGUGCUGCUGAGAACUAAAGAGCAACAAAAAGAAAACAAAGAAGAGAUGGACAUGCAAGAAGAAUUCUUCAAGGAACAGAUCAGAGUCAUUCAUGAUUCAAGGAAUGCAAAGGAUGAAGAUUUUGAGAGGAUGCAGCAGGAGGAACGUGAGAAGGUGAAGCAGUCAAGCGCUGGUCCUUUAAAUGCAGAGGAACGGAGGCUCAAGGUGGAUGAAUAUCUGAAAUUUGUUGAGGUCCAAGACAAAGAAAUGGAGAACUUUGUUGCACAAAAGGAGGAACUGAUCCAGGCUCAUGAUGAGAGUAUUGCUGCCAUGAAGAGGAGGCACUGGGAGGAAGAGGUGGAGAUGGAGAAGAAGUUUGAUGAGGAGCUUGCCAAACUCAUGCAGAAGUACUCCCCAUCUCACCCUGAGAAAAAGUCCAAUGGUAACUUCUGAUGAGACUAGGGUUUUGCACAGGCACAAACAGAUGAAACACAGCAAAGUAGAUAGGAAAAUAGAAAUAAGAAUAGACUGCUCAGACAUCAAAUUUCUAGACAUUGGGAUUUGAAAAUUUAGUAUGUCAUUUUCUUUUCUGCAGUACUUAUUGAAACUUUGAACGUAUAUGCCUGUUAGAUAGCAAGCUAAUUGAAAAUUGAAAUGUGCAUCUGGUAUCUCGAAAAUUUGAUUCGAGUGGCCUUUAUCUUGUAAACUCGGGGUUGCAGUUUAUCUUACCGUUAAAGUGAUAUGGAAGUUCAUUGAAAAUAA